AUAUUAAAAGUCAAAAGUUGUCUAAAUCAGCUGAUCAUGUUAACAUGUUUCUUUAUUUUCUCUUUAAAAAAGUGAAUAUAUUCAUACCCCGACCAGAGUAACAUAUUAAAUCAAUGAUCCCGACACGAUAACAGUGAUUACCUAACUUGGUUCCAAAGAAUACACCUAAUAUCAUAAAUUUUUUUGGGGGGUAUUGGAUACAUUACUCUUUUAUUAAGUUAUUCAAAUUACAAUAGUUUAUUACAAGAUGUAUUAGUGCUAAGCUAAAAUCUAAAUGAAGCGUGCAUUUUGCGUAUUAGUUACGCUACUUCACGAAAAUAAGUUAACCGUAUCGAACAUGGCAAAGCUAACAGAUUUCAAGCAAUGGAAGUUCCGUUCGCCGCCGAACUACGCAGAACUGCCUAUUGAUGAAAACCCAAACUAUAAUGAACCGGUUGCUGUCAAAAAUGCUGUUUUUUCGAAGGUGCCAACAGAACCCCUUACGGGUAAGCUGCAUCUAGUCUGUGUGUCGGACGAGGUAUUACUUGAUAUCCUGGACUUGGAUCCUAAGGUGGCGGAGACUGAGCAGUUUGUUGACUUUUUAGCGGGGAAAUACUCACCUGAAGGUUGUUUGAGUGUUUCACAUAGAUAUGGUGGCUAUCAAUUUGGUUUCUGGGCUGACCAGUUGGGCGAUGGAAGAGCCCACAUCCUCGGCGAAUAUGUUAACAGUAAAGGGGAAUCCUGGCAGCCGCAGCUGAAAGGUUCCGGCGAGACUCCGUAUUCGAGAUUCGGAGACGGCCGAGCGGUGCUUCGCUCCUCAAUUAGGGAGAUGGUCGCCAGCGAGGCGUGUCACCACCUGGGCAUACCGACUACGAGGGCGGCUGGUUUGGUGGUGAGCGACGAGCACAAAGUGUGGCGUGACAAGACCUACAGCGGUAUGGCGCGGCAAGAACGCGCCGCCGUCGUGUUGAGAGUUGCUCGCGCCUGGUACAGGCUCGGCUCCUUCGAGAUACUCCUCAAGCGGAAGGAGCCCCGCCUCGCUGCCGCACUGGCUGAUUUCGUCAUUAAGCACCAUUUUCCCCACAUUGAUGCCAACGACGACGACAAAUACGUGAAAUGGUAUUCAGAGGUGGCGCACAAGAAUCUGGACAUGGUUGCUGCCUGGCAAGGUCUAGGCUUCACACACGGCGUCCUGAACACAGACAACAUCAGCAUCCUCGGCGUGACCAUAGACUACGGGCCUUAUGGCUUCUUAGAGCACUAUUACGAGCACUACGUUCCCAAUUCCUCUGACGACAUGGGAAGAUACGCCUUCAAUAAACAGCCAGAGAUAUUAUUAUGGAACCUGGCGAAAUUCGCGGAAGCCAUAGACCCGAUAUUAUCAGAAAAGGAUAAAGGAAAAAUAAAAGAAAUUCUUGCAACGCUCGAGGGAUACGUGCGUAAUAAAGUUUUAAAGACAUACAUUACCAAACUUGGCCUUGAAGAAAUCCAAGAUGGCGACGACGCGCUCGUAAAGGACCUUCUGGAAAUGAUGCAGAUUACUACAUCCGACUUCACUUGCACAUUCCGACAGCUGUCAGAGGUGGAUAUAGCACAAUUGCAAGAUCCUGAGAAAAUGGAGCUGAAGUGGUCGCUGGCAAAAGUGGGCAAGGCGAAGGAUUGGCUCAAAUGGGUUCACAAGUACACCGAUAGGCUGCAGAAGGAAAAUGUGAAAGAAGACACUCGCCGUCAGCGCAUGUUGAGAGUGAACCCCCUGUACGUGCCCAGAAACUGGAUCCUACAAGAAGCCAUCGCCGACGCAGAAAAAAACGACUUCCAUAAGGUUAGACUGCUGCUAGACAUCUUCAAGGAUCCCUACACAAUGCAUGAAGAGGCAGAGAAACUUGGCUACUCGUCACAACCACCGACAUGGGCGUAUGGGCUUAAACUGAGUUGUUCCAGUUAAAAGCAACUGCAUCCGUAUAAAAUUAUUGUGAGAUUAAAAUCUCACAAUAAUUACUUAGGCACAGUCAAGUACCAUUGAAAAAAAACUUGAAGAUCAUUUUUUGUCUGAAUCUUCGGAACCUUAGUCUCAUGUCUAAUCCCUUCUGUUUCGUUUGGGGAUUGACAAUGUUGUAUAUAUAUAUAUAUAUGAUACUGAUAUUCAUUGUAUAGGUAUAUAUUAAUUAUUAGUAUCUAUUUUUAAUAUGGCAAGUUUAUUAUAUAUAUGUAAAUAUAUACACAAAUACUAUAAAUUGUUAAAUCAUAGGUUAGGUAACAUCAUAUAUAAAUUAAAUACUGUCUGAAACCAAUUAUAAUUUAAUUUCUCUCAACAAUUUAAAAUGUGAUAUAUCCGAUUACCAUCACUAUUUAUUCCCACGGAAAGGUAACCGUCCUCCGGUUUCUACAUUUUUUCCACAGCCAUCUGCUCACAUCCCCUCAUAGACUCCCGAAUUCUUGUAAAUCACCCUCAUCCUUACAAAGUUAUUUAAAUACUUCUCUUACUCUCAAUACUCCCUAUGGUCCGUGUUCUCGUCCCCUUUUUUUCUUGAUUCCCCAAUAGUUGUCUUAGCUUUUUCCCUUUUUUCUGUUUUCCCGUUCCGGCUUAUUAACUCUCCCAAGAUGUCCCCUUUUUAGCUUUUUUUUCAAAAUCAAUGUCUAUUACCAACUUCCUGUCACCUUUCUUGGUGUUGCCAAUAAUAUAUAGGUAUAUAUAUGGACGGCCCUUUGCAGCGGCCCUGCUUUCUGAGUCAAAGGCCGUGGGUUCGAUUCCCACAACUGGAAAACGUUUGU